AUGGCUCCGAAACAGGCAACUCUGGGGUAUGUGACGCCGUCGCAGCAGACGAUAGGCAAAUUCUUUGGGGUCAAGGCAGCUGCACCAGCAAGACAAACGACGCUGGCGUUUGCGACCAAGGCGGGGACCAAGGAAGCAGACAAGGCUGAAGACGAGGGCGAUGCAAGCACAAAGGAAAACUCGGAUCCAGAGAAGGAUUCCAAAAAACGCCCGCGGUCACCCAAAAAGAGGACGGAAGCAAAGCCCAAGCUAGCUGAAGAGGAAGACGAGGCUCCAGUUUCAAAAAGAGCAAGGCGAACAAGAGUCAAGAUUGAGGAUGACGAGGAUGAAGCUCCUCAGUCGUCCCCAAAGAAAGAAGAAGCUCCCAGCAGUCCCCCUGCUAAGAGAAAGAGGUCACGGAGUCCCAAGUCUAGCCCAAAGUCGAGGUCGCAGUCGCCAAAGGCAGCCAAGAUAAAAGAGGAGAUCGAGGAUGUUGCCGAGAAAGCUGCAAAGGAGGAGGAGCAAUCUUCAGAAUCAGCGUCAGAGGCUGAUAGCGAUGCGGAACCAAAACCAGCUGUUACGGCCAAAGCACGCAAAGCUCAGCAAACAAUGCUCCAAACGAAAGAAAAAGAUGCAUAUCCUGAUUGGCAGCCUGGCACCCCUGUACCAUAUGCAGCUCUUUGCAAGACCUUUUCGCUCAUUGAGCUGACGACGAAACGUUUAAUCAUCAUGGAGUAUUGUUCAAAGUUUCUGCGCCAAGUCAUGCGGCUCACCCCUGAUGAUCUCUUGCCUACCGUCCUGCUCAUGAUCAACAAGCUGGCUCCUGACUACGCCGGCAUUGAGCUCGGUAUCGGUGAAUCCCUAAUCAUGAAAGCUAUCGGCGAAACUACCGGAAGAAGCCUCCAGGUCAUCAAGGCUGACCAGAAAGAGAUUGGUGACCUCGGUCUCGUGGCUGUGAAGAGCAGAUCGACCCAGCCAACCAUGUUCAAGCCGAAAGCGCUGACAGUAAGAGGCGUUCAUCAAGGCUUGAUGAGUAUUGCGACGGUCACUGGUAACGGCGCCCAAGGUCGCAAAGUUGACGGCAUCAAGAAGCUUCUAUCUUCUUCAGAUUCUCAUUUGAAGGAGAAGGUGGAUAUCAACAAGGACAAGGGCGGCCCAAGCGAAGCAAAAUAUAUUAUCCGAUUCUUGGAAGGCAAGCUUCGACUUGGCUUGGCAGACCGGACUGUUUUGGUUUCGUUGGCUCAAGCAGUUGUAGCACAUGAAGCCGAGGUGAAGGGAAAAAUCCCCACCACUUCAGAUUUGGAAAACGGCGAGUCUAUUCUCAAGACAGUUUACAGCGAAUUACCGAGCUACGAUGUCAUUAUUCCAGCCAUGAUGGAGCACGGCAUCGCCAAUCUGAGAGAUCACUGCAAACUCCGGCCUGGCGUGCCCCUGAAGCCCAUGUUGGCCAAACCAACAAAAGCUAUUACAGAAGUCUUGGACCGGUUCGAGGGCCAAAAAUUCACGUGCGAAUACAAAUACGACGGUGAACGUGCUCAGAUUCAUUAUGUGGCCAAAGAUGCCGCUCAGGAUUUGGACGCAUCUACCCAAGGAUCGACCAAAAAAAUUGAGUCAGGUGUUGCCUGCAUUUUCUCUCGAAACUCGGAAGAUUUGUCCAAAAAGUAUCCCGACGUUCUUGAGAAGCUCAGCGCAUGGAUCAAGGAAGACACAAAGAGCUUCGUCGUCGACUGCGAGACUGUGGCAUGGGAUGUGGCCGAGAAGAAAGUAUUGCCUUUCCAGCAACUCAUGACUCGCAAGAGGAAGGAUGUAAAGGCCGAAGACAUCAAGGUCAAGGUUUGUGUUUUUGCCUUUGACCUGCUAUAUCUGAACGGAGAAGCAGUGGUGGAGAAGUCGCUUCGUGAGCGUCGCGAACUCCUCAGCACAGCAUUUGUUCCAACGGAAGGCGAGUUUCAAUUGGCAACUCACAUGAACGGCCAAGAGCUGGAUGAGAUUCAGACAUUCUUGGAUGAGAGUGUUAAGGCAUCGUGCGAGGGUCUGAUGGUGAAGAUGCUGGAUGGGACAGAAAGCGGGUACGAGCCCAGCAAGCGAAGUCGAAAUUGGCUCAAGGUUAAAAAGGACUAUCUCUCUGGCGUGGGUGACUCUCUUGACCUGGUCGUCCUGGGAGCUUACUAUGGCAAGGGCAAAAGGACAUCAGUCUAUGGUGCUUUCUUGCUUGCUUGCUACAACCCUUCUACCGAUGUGUAUGAGACGGUCUGCAACAUUGGCACUGGCUUCUCGGAGCAAGUCCUCGAAGACCUCCAUGCCCAGCUCUCCGAAAUCACAAUUGCCCGCCCCAAGCCUUUCUACUCACACUCUGCAGGCGGGCAGCAUCAACCUGAUGUGUGGUUCGAACCACGCUACGUGUGGGAGGUCAAGACGGCGGAUUUGACGCUCAGCCCUCGGUACAAGGCUGGAUGGAAAGAAGGCGUGGAUCCAGCAGGCGAGAAGGGCAUCAGUCUGCGAUUUCCCCGAUUCAUCAAGAUUCGAGACGAUAAAAAACCUAAUGAAGCAACGAGUAGCAGGCAAGUUGCGGAGAUGUACAGGAAACAGGAGAGCGUGACGAAGAAUAAGGGUCCGUCAGUGGAUGAUGACUUUGAAUAUUAAGGGGCAAAAAAAAAAAAAAUAGACGGCUUAUCUAUCUAUGGGUAUUUCUUUAUCUAUCACUACCGGGAAUGGAUGGACAAUUGGAUUUUAUCUUUAGGGACGGGCCUUUGUGUAUGAGUUAUGAGAUGCAUUGAUUGGUU